GUUCAAGAACGGCCACUAUCGCCGACGACCGGAGCCAGUUGCAUAACCCGGUAUCAGUAUACAUUGUCCAUUUAGAACUAUAAAAGACCCUGUACCACCCUGAACUCUUAUCAGUUGCUAAACAACCAUAAAACUGCUCGGUACACGUCCCAACUGCAAACAUGACGUGCAAGUUAUUCGCUCUAGCUGCUACUUUAGCAGUGGUUAAUUGCGGACUCAUAAGUCACGGACAACAGUCAAGUUACAACACACAGCAACAUCAUCCAGUGGUCACUCAAGUUCAUCAAGUGGUCACACCACACGUUCAAAUAGCCCAACAACAACACAUAGUGCCAGUAGUGCAAACCAGCGUAGAACCCUAUGAUCCAAACCCUCACUAUAGCUACGCUUACACUGUAAACGAUCAAAGCACCGGUGAUUCCAAGAGUCAACAUGAAACCAGACAAGGAGAUAACGUUCGUGGGCAGUAUAGUUUAAGUGAACCUGAUGGUUCCAGAAGAACUGUGGAUUAUACCGCUGGUCCUCAUGUAGGUUUUAAUGCAGUCGUGCAAAGAAGCGUGCCGCAUAUCCCCAUCGUGGCCACCCAAAUCCAUGCAACACACUAAAACAAAUACAUUGUCGACAUUAUGGAACCAAACUGCCACCGAACCCAGGAUUUAGUUUUUUAACGUGUAAUAUGCUGUCAAUA